AUGACGAAGAUUGGCACCCUCUUGUUCGCGCUCUUCGGUUGCUUGCUCGUGUCUGUUGGCGCUGCACCCACUGCCAACGCCAAUCUCGAGAAACGUGAUUGGAUUGGCGACAUCAUCAACUUCCUUGGGUUGGGUCUCGUCACCCAGAUUAACGCGUUCAUCUCGCUCGAAUCUUUGGAAACGAAUCUCAUUACGAUUAACUUUGACGUCCACAACCCCCUCCUCAUUGAACUGACCAUCGAUCGCGUUGUGAGCCAAGCUGGCCUCAACGGCACCGUCUACGCAUCCUUCGACCACACUUUCGAAACACCCUUUAUCAUCAAAGGCACGCAGACCGCCAACUCUGGCACCAUCCCAAACGUCCUCCUCACGCAAGGCGCGCUCGCUUCCCUUGAUAUCAUCCCCUACGGUGUCCAGGAUCUGAUCAAUGUCGACGUUUAUGCUCGUGUCGCCACUAUCAACGGCAAGAUUGGCAUCCCCCUCCCCAUCAAAGGAUUGAAGCAGGCGAACGUUCCCGCGAGUUACGAGCUCGUCCUCUCUUAA